AAACAAACACUGUUAUGAAUUUUCAACAAUUUUGCUUGGAGUGGUUAAAAACUGCAUGAUCACGUUUAAUAUCCAUGCAUCUACUCAUCAUCAUCUUCUACGGUUAUUUUGGUAGCUUUGUUUCCAUGACAGUGGCAAAAAUGGCUGCAACUAAGGGCGGGCCGAAAUCGAAGAGUAGGAUGUGAGUGAGGAUGAAGUUGGAGACGAGCUCGAAUUCCGAACGUGUGAAGGAACGACGGGUGCAGCGGCGGUCGCAAGGCGACAAGCGGGUGCAGGCAAUCCAGGCAAUGUCGAACCAAUCGUUUACGCCCGCGAGCCGCGCGAGUGCGGCGGGCGCGGAGGACGCCGCGUCACGGACCCGCGGGACCACAACCAGCAACAAGGAUACCGUCCUGAGUAAGCAGCAGGUGCGGCGCGAGGUCGAUCCCCGCACCGGAAAGGCGUUGCUCUACCCGGUGGGGAUCGGUCGUAGCACGGGGAGCAGCGACCUUCGCAAGACGAAUCCAGCAGUAGACCGCAGUAAAAAUGGUUCAAGAACUACGUUCUACUCGUCUGCGAACAUGCGAUCGACAGCGGCGUCCAUCGGCGGGUCCUCGAGUGCUGCUAAGCGAGCCGCUCUCCCCGUGCACCACUCCAACGCGAGCAGACCGUCCCGCAGCGGCGAGGGUGGUGCACCAGCGGCGAGGGAUUCGUCAUACUGGCAAAGCAGCAAAGGGAGUUCUUCGCUACCCGGGGAGGUGUUGACGCAGGCUAAGAGCAGACCACAGUCCGCACCCCCGAUAAACAACGUGCCCAAGGUGCAGGUUACCAAGGUCGUCAAGCAGCACGCGGCGGGACAGGACGACACUGCCAUGCCACACGUGCUUUCUGCGCGCGGGCACAUACCAGUUCGAUUCCCCCAUAAGACGAAAAUAGACAAGCCGAUCCGAUUCUACCUAAACCUAGUGGUGAUGAACAAAAAAGACUUGGUAUAGAAAUUAAUAACCUGCGUUUCUUGAUGUUAGUUCGUAUUAUUCCUUUAUUUCACAGAAGUCAUAAAGAUAAUAAUUUCGUAUCUAUGUAUAGGUGGAUCGUGGACAUGUUCGGGGUCAGCAUAUAAUUACCGGUAGUGAGCGGCUUUUUUUUUUGCUGCUGGUCCUGGCUGCAGGAAACUAUAUGUCACUAACUGUUGCAUGAGUAGGGCGGCAACGCACGACAGUAAUCGUGCAAAAGAAGAUCCUGGAAGAACCUACUUGAGCUACGACGUGUUCAGUUAGUGCUUCAUGUUGAAACUACUCUGAAUGAAAAGAACUAGCUGGCACACUAAUCGAAGUAAGUACUUCUUCUAUAUGGUCGACAACACAUCAACUAUCGAUCACAGGUGAAGAAGGAGGUGGGCAAAAAAAUGGAGGACGCUUGGUACGGCGGGUCGCUAACCACGAAGCUGGCGGGGUCGGCCGCGGCGCGCCUCGUCAAGGACGAAAUGGUGGUGCAUGGGGUGCUCGGGGAGUUUCUGAACAAGCUCCCGGAACUUUUCGUCGUGGCGGGGGUGGAGGCGGAAAUCGAGCGGAAGCUGGUGGAGGGGCUGCUCGGCGUGGUUCGCAUCACGGUCCUCGACGUGGAGCCGUUGACCAUGACGUGGGCAGAGGCUCCGGAAAAGGCACCGCAUUUGGAAAAGAUGAUCGACGCGUUGAAGGCUCUGAAUCAGACGAAGGAACUGACCGCUCUCUGGGAGCAGAUGAUGCACCGGGCCAAGGUAUCAAAAGGAAAAAUCCCCCCUCCCCAUGUCAGAGCGAAGUUUCUGAUGCUGGAUUUGCGUACACAAAUCAGAUUUGUGCUGCUGGAGAGGACUGCAGGCCCCUGUCGAGCCUGGGGAGAGAGGUUUUUGCCUAGGCGCUUAGCAUGAAAAACGUCCGCACUGUAGGCCCAAGAGCAUGACAAACCGCCUGCAUAAUGCGGCGGAGCCUGCGGGGUUGCCUUCUUGCAACACAGAUGCGAUUUGUGGUCACAAAUCAGCAACACAAACGCACCUCGUCAAUAUGGGGAGGGGGAUCUUUCAUUUUGAUAGAAGGACGGUUUGAUGCUGAAGAUGGAGACCGUGCUACCCGACCAGGCCAAAGAGACGGAAAACCUGGACCUGGUCGCCAUCUGCCACCACGAGGAGAACGAGGCCGAGUUCCUGUGCGAGUUUUUCGAGCGAGACACGCCAGCGGAGCGUGACGCCUUCUACAAAAUUUUGCAGGAGAGGCUGGAGAAGAAAAACAUUGAGCGCAAAAUUAGAAAAGAACGCGGAGAAUCGCCCAGGUUCGAAUAUAAUUCACCGCGAGCUGCGUCAAUAUAAAAGUGGCGGCAAGGUCGUAGAGUUUUGCUCGAAAAAAGAUAUGUACACAACUGCCAAUAUCAUCACCCACUUCCACAUCCACUUAGUAUGUCGUGAGGAUUGAAAAUGAAAUUUUUGUAAAAUAUUUAUAUUUUGCGCAUGGAUCGUUCGAUGAGGACGUAAGUACACUUUUGUUGUGAUUUGAAGGAUGUAUGCAAGUACUGUAAGCAUCGAAAGAAAAAAAUCCAACGACACGCCUGCCUUCGCGCCAAAAAUAUCGAAGUAUUUUCU